AGAACAAAUAUAUUAAAAAGUGUCAAGAAAAAUAAAAUGAAAAGUAUUCCUUUAUCAGUGUGGUUGCGAACUCUGUAAGAGUUGAGGAUUUGGUAUCUUCAGAACAGAUAUACAACUGCGUCUAUGUAGAAGAAGCUGUGGUAGGUUUUAUAUUUGAUUUGACCAUGGUUGAAAACGGGGAGAAUCAUUCAGUUUCUCAAGAGAGCAAAUCCAACAAGGCUGACAGCAAAAACCAUUCAGGUGUUCCCAAGAGUGAUCUUUGGACUGAUGGGAUUAUUUGCGCCUUUGAGUUUAUCCGAGGCCCGAAAAAACAUGUUGACUCGAAACAUCCGGACAAAAGUUGCUUGAAGCAUGAAGAUGGACUAACCAGACAUGCUUCCCCUGGUCAUAACCCGUUUGUUGAUUCUUCUCCCGUCGAUAUAUCAAGGUCGAGGUCGGUACCUUCUUUGGAUUUGAAAGAGGCUCAUGUGCUUCAUGAGAGAUAUGAAGGGAGUCAUUGGGUUCCUAUUGGCUGGACUAGGAUAUCUGAACUUGUUCAAAUGGUUCAAGUGAACGCUGAGUGGCCUAACUUGGAGUUAAUUGAUGAUGAAGAGGAUGUCCCUGUUACUGAUUUAGCUGCUCCGUACUGGGAACGACCAGGUGGCCCUACAUGGUGGUGCCACUUGGCCGCCGGACAUUCUUUUGUCGAGGGAUGGCUUAGAUGUGCUACAUGGUUGCAUCCUGCGAUUAGUCUCGCAUUGAGGGAUGAAAGUAAGCUAAUAAGUGAACGGAUGAGACACCUUCUAUAUGAGGUUCCAGUGAGGGUUGCUGGGGGUUUAUUGUUUGAGCUCUUAGGACAAUCAGUCGGUGAUCCAGUAAUCAGUGAGGAUGAUGUACCUGUUGUAUUUCGCUCUUGGCAAGCAAAAAACUUUUUGGUAUCUGUGAUGCACAUAAAAGGAAAUGUAUCAAAUACUAAUGUUCUCGGCAUCACUGAAGUAGAGGAGUUGCUUUAUGCAGGAGGAUAUAAUGUACCAAGGACGAUUCAUGAAGUCAUAGCACACUUGGCUUGCCGUCUUUCUCGAUGGGAUGAUAGAUUGUUCCGUAAAUCCAUAUUUGGUGCGGCGGAUGAAAUCGAAUUGAAGUUUAUGAACAGGAGAAACCAUGAGGAUUUGAAUCUUUUCAGUAUCAUUCUCAACCAAGAGAUCAGAAAGUUAUCAAGACAGGUCAUCCGAGUGAAGUGGUCACUACACGCAAGAGAGGAGAUUAUCUUUGAGCUUCUUCAGCAUCUAAGGGGAAACAUACCUCGACAUUUGUUGGAGAGUCUGAGGAAGAACACAAGAGAAAUGUUGGAGGAACAAGAAGCGGUCCGUGGACGUCUCUUCACAAUUCAAGAUGUUAUGCAAAGCAGUGUUCGCGCUUGGUUGCAGGACAAAAGCUUACGAGUAAGCCACAACUUGGCCGUCUUUGGAGGAUGCGGUCUUGUGCUUACUAUAAUUGUAGGACUGUUUGGGAUCAACGUUGAUGGUAUCCCAGGGGCGCAGAACACGCCUUAUGCGUUUCUUUUGUUCACUAUCCUUAUGCUUCUCAUUGGAGGUGUUUUGAUUGCGGUUGGUCUGGUGUACUUGGGGCUUAAACAACCCAUCACAGAAGAACAAGUGGAAGUUAGAAAGCUGGAGCUACAAGAUGUGGUCAAGAUAUUUCAACACGAAGCAGAGAGUCAUGCCCAGCUCCGGAGAAACAACCUCUCUCCUACAGCUGGAGAUAUAUUUGAUGCUGAUUAUAUUCUCAUCCAAUAAACAAACUCUGAAUCAGUUUUUGUAUUGAUAAUACUAAUUUAAGAUGAUACUUGUCAAUUGCCAUAUUGUUGUUUAAAGGAUAUAAAAUUGUCGGAAUCAUUGAGAUAACAAAAGCUCUUAAGACUA